UGUGGUGGGAAACCGGUUCAGAUCCGACAAAACCGAGUUUUUCGACGUCAGUCCCGAUUCAGACUCGAACGAGUCGUCGUCAAACGUCAAACCGUCCGUGCACCUUGGAAAAACCACACGUCUAUGCGAGAUCAAGAAACUGAAAUCCGACCGAAGACAAACUUUUAAGACUAAACGCGAACGAUGGCGUCUUGCUCCGCGACCACGUCCGUGAUGUUGGUCGCGAUCGCGGCCGUCGCGUUUCUCGCACGGUCGGCCGACUGUCAGGCGGAGAAGAGGCUCACGUCGGUCCAACACCAGCAGCAACAGCAGUACUACGACUCGUCCGAGGACGUCGGUGAGGUGAUCAAGAGCAAAAUUCGCCCGGACACGUAUUCCCAGGACCCGUCGCAUCAAUUGCAGUACGAAAAGCAUGGCAAACAGCACCAGCAGGACACGAUCGGCUCAGCUUCCACCGUGUACGGUGAACAAUACGGUGGCACGUUGCAGGUGCAGCAGGACCAGCCGGUAGCGGACGAGGAGGCCCAGGAGUCCAUCAGCUCGGGGUCGAUAAACAACCACCGUAUACCGCAGUACACGCGUGGUGCUGGUGGCCCCUCGGACAUUGUCGAGGGCAAGAACGUAGGUAACCGGGCGAUCGGCAACAAUUACCAUCCCGGGGCACCUGGAGCCGUCGUCGCUCCGUCCGCCACUGGAGCCGGAUACGCCGUCGAUUCGGUGUACGGAAAUCUGCACUACAGCAGCCAAGACCUGGUCCAGGACCAGAACUAUCAGCUCGAGUUUAAGUACCACGACUACGACAAGAUGACAAAAUUCUUGAGGACCACGUCGUCCCGGUUCCCCAACCUCACGGCGCUCUACUCUAUCGGCAAAUCCGUCCAAGGUCGUGACUUGUGGGUAAUGGUGGUGUCUUCCAGCCCGUAUGAGCAUAUGAUUGGGAAACCAGAUGUGAAAUACGUGGCCAACAUGCAUGGAAAUGAAGCGGUCGGCAGGGAGCUGAUGUUGCAUCUCAUCCAGUACUUGGUGAACAGUUACUCGGUGGAUCCAUACAUCCGUUGGCUUUUAGACAAUACGCGCAUCCACGUACUGCCUUCGAUGAACCCAGACGGUUUCGAGGUGGCCCGCGAGGGUCAGUGCGACGGUGGUCAGGGUCGGUAUAACGCGCGAGGUUUCGACCUGAACCGUAACUUCCCGGACUACUUCAAGCAAAACAAUAAAAGAGGACAACCAGAAACGGACGCUGUCAAAGAAUGGACUUCAAAGAUACAGUUUGUGUUGUCUGGAGGACUGCACGGAGGAGCUCUGGUUGCAAGCUAUCCAUUUGACAACACACCCAACUCUAGAUUCUGUAUUUCAUCACCGUUCUGUUCUGUGUUCCAAAGUUACACGUCCACACCGUCGUUGACGCCCGAUGACGACGUGUUCAAACAUUUGUCUCUGACCUACUCCAGAAACCACCCGACGAUGAACCAAGGAGUGGCGUGCAAAACAGGAACGCCGACGUUUAAUAACGGCAUCACCAACGGAGCUGCGUGGUAUCCUCUCACAGGAGGCAUGCAAGAUUUCAAUUACGUGUGGUAUGGCUGUAUGGAAGUAACGUUGGAGCUGUCCUGUUGCAAAUACCCGCCCUCGUCCGAGUUGCCCAAACUCUGGGAAGAAAAUCGACUGUCGCUCGUCAAGUUCUUGGCCGAAGCUCACCGGGGAGUCCACGGAUUCGUGAUGGACGAACACGGUAACCCGAUCGAGAAAGCGUCGCUCAAGGUCAAGGGUCGCGACGUAGGGUUUCAGACGACCAAGUACGGAGAGUUCUGGAGGAUUUUGUUGCCCGGCGUUUAUAAGCUCGAGAUCUACGGUGACGGAUACAUCCCCAAGGAGAUGGACUUCAUGGUGGUCGAGCAGCACCCGACGCUGCUGAAUGUGACGAUGCACACGUCCAAGAGACAGGAUAAUACACCUUACAGACAGCCAAUUCCUCACUUUUACCACCAUCACCAUCCACAAGGAAUAGCAUUGGCACCUAAACCACCUACUCAAGAUUCCGGAAUUUUAUCAAGCAUCACAUCGGGUUUCAAUAACUUUGUUAGCAAUAUGUUUGGAUAAUUAGUUAAAAAAAAACCCUAAUUUUUAAAUAAUAAAUAAAGAAUUAUUAUAGCCAAUAUACGAUCUCCAAGCUAUAAGACAGCCAGCUUUUAGGUUAAGUUUUUCUCUCCAACAAAUGAUACAUAAUGGACCAUUGUAACAGAUUGAAUCAUUUUCUUAUUAUUAAACAAAACUUAUUUAUUACAAUAAUUACACGUACAAAUUUAUAAUA